AUGGGCAUCAUCUUCAGCGCUAUAUCGCAGGCCUUUCCGCCCAAGCCCGCCUUCACCGAGAAGGAUAUCGGAAAUCUAAGCGGCAAGGUCUACGUCGUUACCGGAGCCAACACAGGCCUGGGGAAGGAGAUCGCCCAGAUCCUCUACUCCAAAGAUGCCAAAGUCUACUGCGCAGCCCGCUCCAGGGAGAAAGCCGAAGGCGCAAUAGAAUCCAUCAAAGCAGCCUGGCCCAACUCUCGCGGCCAGCUCAUCUUCCUGCCGCUGGACCUGGCCGACCUGAGCACUAUCAAAGCUUCAGCAGACGAGUUUCUCUCCAAGGAAGACAAGCUGCACGUGCUCUUCAACAACGCCGGCGUCAUGGUGCCCCCCAACGGCUCCAAGACAGCCCAAGGUUACGAGCUGCAGCUGGGCGUAAACAACCUGGGCACAUUUUUCUUCACGAAGCUUCUGACGCCCACGCUCAUCCGCACAGCCAGGGCCGAGGACCCGUCCUCGGUGCGUGUCAUCUGGGUGGCUUCGUCGGCCGCCGAGUCGAUCCAGGUGCCGAAUGGGGGCGUCGACAUCUCGAACCUCGAUUACCACGUCGACAAGAGCCCCUUUGACAAGUACUGCGUGUCAAAGGCUGGGAACUACCUCCAGGGCACCGAAUUUGCCCGGCGGCACAAGGAGGAUGGCAUCGUCAGUGUGCCACUGAACCCAGGGAACCUCAGCUCGGAUCUGUGGCGGUCGUUCGGUAGCGGGGCGCAGGGUUUCUUGAGGAGUUUCGUGCUUCAUCCACCUAUUCUUGGAGCGUACACGCAGCUCUUCGCUGCGUUCUCGCCCGAGGUCUCGAUUGACAGGUCUGGUGAAUGGGUGGUCCCUUGGGGCCGAUUCAUGAAAAUCAGACAGCACCUUCUGGAUGGAAGCAAGCCGGUCUCUGAAGGUGGCAAAGGUACUGCAGAAAAGUUCUGGGAAUGGAACGAGGAGCAGGUAAAGCCUUUCCUGUAG